UCUUCGCUUUCUCUCAUCAAUUUGGACCUUAUAGUAAAAACCCGCUUCUCAAACUUUGAUCUUUUCUUUCUGUUGUUUUAUUUUAGGAAGAAGACAUGGCUUCCAUAAUUGCAAGCUUGCCUUCUCCACCAUUGUUGGUUCAUGGUAAAAGGACCCUUUUCAGCACUAUUCAAACGCUCCCACUUUCUCCCAUUGAAGACAGACAGAACUAUGUUUCUGUUGUUGUGAGGGCUACUGGGGAAAGCUCCGAGUCAUCACCCCCCCUGGGGAUUGUUAAGUCUGUUAAAAACAUAUGGGAUGAUUCUGAAGAUAGGCUGGCUCUUGUCGGUUUGGGGUUUGCAGCGCUGGUAGCCAUUUGGACAUCGGCAAAACUCAUCCCGGCCAUUGACAAGUUGCCUGUUGUCCCAAGCGUGCUAGAAUUGAUUGGCAUACUUUUUUCUUCAUGGUUUAUAUAUCGAUAUCUUUUGUUCAAACCCGAUCGGGAAGAGCUAUUCCAGAUCAUCAAGAAGUCAGUUGCCAAUAUCUUAGGCCAGUGAAUCAUGCUUUGAAAUGUAGUCAAGCGUGUUCCUUUAGAGCUUUCCCUGAUUGGCAUAUCGUGUAUCUAUAUGGGUGGCAAUGACCAGUUGACCUACACUUUCAUUUGGUAGUGGAAGUUUUUGAUGCAUCAAGUUUAAGCAAUUCUAUGUUCAUUUUCUGGCACUCAUCUGUUCUCAUCAUUCAAACAUAUUGGAUGUUCAUAACAAGACAGUUGAGAUGAACAACAUCUCAGCACAUAGUACAGAGGUAAGUUAUUGAAACAUUGUUGGCUGAACUUUGCCUAUAGAUUCUCGUGUAUGGCAUUUGAGAUGAAAGGAUAUCAGAAAUUACUUGGGAUAAAUAAAUUUGAGGCUUCAAAUUUA